AUUCACUGUACUUAGAACACAAGAUAUAGAUAGAUUUUUCGAACACAUCAACUCGAAGGUGCAGGUAAUUCAAUUGACUUAUGAAUUGGAAAGUCAGAAAGGGGAGCUUCCAGUGUUAGAUUGAGGCGUAAAAGGGGAAAGAAGAAGGGAAGUUAAAUACUAUUGUUUACAGAAAACACACACAUUCAAACAGAUAUUUGGACAUCCGAUCAUCCUAUCCUAUGUCAGUGAAAAUAGCAUUGGUGAAAUGUUUAAGUGACAGAGCACAAAAACUAAGUAGCACCAAGGAGAGUCUGAGACAGGAAGUGAAACACCUAAAAGAAGCCUUGAAACUUAAUAAUCACCCGGAUAAAUUAGUCAGGAAAUAUGUGAAGAAAUGUAAAAAUAAAAUAAAUAAUGAUAGCAGCGAUAGUGACGAUAAUAAUAAUUAUAGUAACAAUAAUAAUGAUAAUAACAACAAUAAUAGUGAUAACAAUAAUAUUAAUGACGACACCAACAAUAAGGAGUCCGAAUUAUCAGUAGUAAUUCCAUACAAGGAAGGAACCUCGAAAACCUUACGAAGAAUUCUUAACAAGGCAGGAAUAAAGGUGGCUGACAUUCAAACCAACCACAAACUCAAUUAGAAACAUGCCUAGUCAGUUAAAGGACCCUGUGGAGCCUUCAAAACAAAACAAUUUAGUUUAUCU